ACAUGGAAACUCCCUCAGUGGUCAGAAAUGGAGCUCUUGAGCACAGCAUGUGGGAGAGAAUGAAGGAUGGCAGCCUGAUCCAAGUGGAAGAGGGGGAGUCCGCUCUACAGUUCAUGAAGAAGAGAAUCAGAAGUCUCCCUCUAAGCGGAGAUGAUGACGUUUUCUAUGUUGCUGACCUAAAUGACGUGAUACACAAACAUUGGCGAUUUCUCCAGCAGCUGCCCCGGGUGAGGCCGUUCUAUGCUGUGAAGUGUAACAGUAGUAUUGAGGUUCUCCAAGUGCUUGCAGUCCUGGGUACAGGAUUUGACUGCACCAGCAAGACUGAGAUAAAGAUGAUACUAGGGAUGGGAGUACCUGCCACUGAUAUCAUCUAUGCAAAUCCCUGCAAACAGCCGUCUCACAUGCGAUAUGCUGCCAAGCAUGGAGUCAACAGGAUGACCUUUGACUGUGAGAGUGAACUGGAGAAAAUCUCAGAUAAUCACCCAGAUGCAGAAAUGAUCCUCCGCAUCCACACCGAUGAUGAGGGAUCAGUCAGCUGUCUCAGCAAGAAGUUUGGAGCCCCGGUAGAGAUAUGUGAGCACCUCCUGAUGAGGGCAAAGAGCCUGAAUGUGUUGGUCACUGGAGUCAGCUUCCAUAUUGGUUCUGGCUCCAGUAAUCCCCAAAGCUUUUGUCAGUCUAUUGCGGAUGCCAGACGUCUGUUUGACAUUGGAAACAAACUGGGACACAAGAUGAGAGUCUUGGAUAUUGGAGGGGGGUUUCCUGGUCACCCUGAUUUCAAGCCGAGAUUCGAGGAGUUUGCUGCUGUGAUCGCUGAAUCGCUGGAUCAGUACUUUCCCAGUACGGAGGAUGUUGAAAUCAUUGCAGAGCCCGGCCGAUAUUACGUGUGCUCUAUUUUUACUUGUGCCAUCAAUAUAAUAACAAAGAAAGAGAAUUAUGUGAAAGCAGCAGAUGGGAAGGACAGAAGAAAACUCUCCUAUUAUCUGAACGAUGGUCUGUUUGGCUCAUUUCUAUUUUAUAAACUAUACAAAAAAGAAAUUAGGCCCGUACCAGUAGUGGAAAAGGUCAUCCUCCCGUCGGUAGAACGCUUUCCCAGUACGCUAUGGGGACCGUGCUGCACAGAGAAGGAUAUGAUCCUGAAAGAGGUCGAUCUCCCAGAGCUGGAAGUGGGGGAUUGGAUCAUAUUCCAGAACAUGGGAGCUUAUCACAUCACCAUGGCAACUGUGUUCUGCGGCUUCCGUCCUCCACGUGUUCAUUAUAUUCUCAGCAAAGACAAAUGGAUGAUUUUUGAGAGACAGUGUGGCAAGCUGAGCUAUUAAACUCUGUAGGCUUAUUUUUUAUUUUUUUGCCACUACUAUAUUUGCAAUCAGUUAAUAUAAUACAUAGGGGGAGAUGUAUCAAGCCUUGGAGAGAGAUGACGUGUAGAGUUGCCCUAAUCCACCAAUCAGCUUCUGUCUUUUAUUUAGCGCAGUGUUUGAAAUGACAGAAGCUGACUGGUUGGUCUUUGUAACUACUCCAGUUUGAGUCUCUCCAAGCAGGGUAUAAGUGGUCACAGGUGGCGUGACACGGCAACAGAGGCAGUGGGCGGGGGCAUGGUGGCACAUUUGCAUCAUCAUAGCCAUGCCCCCGCUGUACAAAGCCAAUAUUACCAGCAUUGUACAGAAGGGGGCGGUGCUAUGAUACUGCAACUCAGUGCAAAUCAUUCCAUCAGCCCCUCCCCCAGACUGCCAGC